AUGUUUGCCUUGGCUGAGAAGGCGAAUGAUGAAGGGUCCGCGGGCGUGAUGGCGUAUAUCAAGAAUACGGUGCCAGUGCUGGGGAAUGUUGGUGGUGAGAUUUUUGGUCGGCGGAUCCAGUAUGUGGACGGUUGGGGCGAUGCGCUGUGGCCAUAUGCGGAUGGUAAGGCGCUGGAUAGUUUGAGGGAGACUGGGAUUAAAGUGACGAUGCGGAGGACUUGCAGGAUGCGAUUGAGCGGGAGGUUAGUUGGGAUAGGGUCGUGGGAUAUGGGGUUGCACGACAGUGCUCUGAGUAAAGGGGAGCUGGUGGGGGAGGAAAUGGAAAUGCAGGUGCAGGCCGAAUUUGUGGUUGCGCUGGAGAGAGCCGUGGGUUGUGUGCUUGAAGGAAAGGCCGCGGAGUUUCAGAAGGCGGCUGCUGAAGCGUGA